AUGGAGACAAAGAUGCUGGCUCCGCAUCCACCGGGUGGUAGCCACCAUCGGGGUUACUCUGCGCCCGGAGUGGAGAAAGUGAGCCAGCAUGUGUUUGAUGAAGGGGAGAUUGCGAAGUUGAGAGAGAUCCCAGACUACAAAGAAUCUUUUGAAAGCGGAAACCCCCUCGACACCUCACAGCCAAACAUAUGGCCGCCCGAGUCCAUACUCCCGGAUUUCCAGCAUUUUCUGGAGACCUACUUUUCGCACUGCUCUACGCUCAUCCACCGCCUCCUCGAUGCAUUAACGCUCGCGCUGCAUCUAAACUACCAGCAUACACUCUCGGAAAAAGGAUGCGGUGUGAGUGAAGAGAUGGAGGAAGUGCCCGACCUUUCCUCCACCCACGCAAACUCAUUGUUCCAACUCCGGCUUCUGCAUUACCCGCCCAUUUCGGCACGUAAAAUCAAUGCCCACAGCGACUUCGGCACCUUGACCCUGCUCUUCCAAGACACAGUGGGCGGCCUCGAAGUCCAGACCCCAAACAACCAGGAUACUUUCACGCCUGCACCACCUAUCCCAGAUACCGUCCUUGUCAACAUUGGGGAUCUUCUUGCGCGCUGGUCGAAUGAUCGCUGGCGCUCGACUGUCCAUCGUGUUGUUGCUCCUCCCCCUUCUUCAUCUGCUGCUGGCGACAAGAACGUGCGUCGGAAGGAACGGAAUGGCCUGGACGUGGCGAUUCCAAGUCGAUAUAGUAUCCCAUUCUUUGCAACGGCGGAUAUGGAUACUGUUAUUGAGGCGUUGCCGGGGUGUUGGGAUGCGGAUGCAGAGCAGCACGGGGGCAGGAGGAAGUUGUAUGAACCGGUUACUGCGUGGGGGUAUGUGCAGAUGCGGAUGAAGGCUCUUUACGAGGGGUAGGGAGGACGGAUAGAUUGAGUGUUGGGGUCAGGAAGUGUUGGGAAAGCAGAUCCAUCCGUUCGUGGUGUCGUGGAGAUGUAUUACUCUGCAUAGGACGUUUGACCGUCUGCCCUUCCUAUCGCGAAUACCAAACUCUGUCUACGAUUUGGAUACUGCCAUGGGAAACCACCCCUCACCCGAUCGACGUCACAUCACUUAGCAACAACUGGACCGACC